AUGACUCGCAUCUUCAUCACCGGCGCAACCGGCUACAUCGGCCGCGUGCUGACCGAGCUCGCCGUCUCUGAAGGCUACGACGUCCACGGCCUGUCACGCAGCGACGAAGGCGACGCUCGUCUGCGCAAGCUGGGCGCGACGCCCGUGCGCGGCGAGCUGACGACUCUGGACGUGCUGCGGCGGGAGAGCAGCGAGGCGGAUAUCGUGUUUCAUCUGGCCUUCAUCCACGACUUUGCGUCUGGCGAGUUCGAUAAGCUCGUGGAUAUCGACAUCGCGGCCGUCGAUGCCCUCGCUGAACCCCUCCAGGGCACCGACAAGCCGCUGGUCAUCACCUCCUCGGCGGGUUUCGUCCAGCCCGACCCUAACGGCGGCGAGACAGACGAGGACGCUCCGCCAGCGCCGAACGCGCCGGUGCAGCGUUUCCGCACGGAGCGCCGCGCGCUGGCCUGGGCAGAGAAGGGCGUGCGCGUCAGCACGAUCCGGCUGCCGCAGUACGUGUACGGGCGGGUCGAGGGCCCGCAGACAACGGGCUUUGCGGUGCUGCUGAUCAAGCUGGCCGCGCAGGCGGGAGAGUCGGUGUACAUCGACUCGGGCGCGAAUCGGUUUUCGUCAGUGCACGUCGACGACGCGGUGAGGCUGUACCUGCUUGUUGCGAAGCGUCUCAAACAGCAGCAGGGGAAGACUAUUACCCCCGGGGAGGUCUUCAACGGCACGGCCUCGACGAGCAUCACCUUCAAGGAACUCGCCACCGCGAUUGGCGCCGUGCUCAACGUCCCUGUGCGGUCCAUCACGCGCGACGAGGCCGAGCAGCGCUGGGGAAAGUUCCUUGCGGGGUUUGUGACGAUUGAGAACCGCGCGUCGAGCCGGAAGGCGGUGCAGAAGCUGGGGUGGGAGCCAAAGGGGUUGGAUCUGCUGACGGAGAUACAGUCGGGGAGCUAUGUGUUGGUUGCGGAGAAGUUGAGGGAGAAGUAG